GUAGCAUUUCUUCAGUCGCUUAUGGGGCUCAGUGUAGUGAAGUGUGGUAAAGAGAAGAGAAAACUUGAGGAAAUACUUAGACGAAAUUCUUGGAGCCGCUAUUCCAGCAUGUUUUCCUUCACUUUACCCCGGUUAGCCCACAUUUAUCCACAAUCCAACUUAUGUCGGAGCUCAACAGCUGGCAACACUGUGAUAAGAUUCUCAACGACAUGUUUCUAAUCUAUAGACAGAUUAGCUCGAAUACUUGCCUUUGUUUCUUAUCAUAUUAGACUAAUAGAGUUUCACCUGCUAAAAUUGCAUUUUGAGCAAUUUGGGUUUGAUCGAUAUGUCAGUAUGCAUCUGAUUACCAUGAGCAUUACAAAGGAAUUCGCCGGAGUACGUCCGUUGCCAGCGGAACUUCAACGUAAAGCUAUUGAUGAACUGAACGAGGUGCCGGAUCGUGUCCUCUCAGAUAUUGCUGCUCUACGGGAAUGGCUGCUGAAGCAGCCGCAUCUCUGCUCCUGCCUCUCGGAUCAGUUCCUGCUGAGCUUUCUGCGUGGUAGCAAAUUUAGCUUGGAGAAGGCCAAGCACAAGAUUGAUCGGUAUUACACGCUGCAGGCUAGCAUACCUGAGGUGUUCAAUGAGCAUCGUUUAGCCGAUGAUGCUCAGGUGCUGGAAAUCAUUCGGAUGGGUGUUAUUCUAAGGAUACCCUUGGAUGUGGGCGACACCGGUCCGGCUGUGACCAUCAUUCGUGCCGGGUCUUACGAUACGCAGAAGUUCAAGUUCCAGGACAUCAUUCGAGUGGGCUCCAUGUUUGGUGAGAUCAUGAUGCUGGAAGACGACAAUGCGAAUGUCAGCGGCUAUAUCGAGAUCAUGGACAUGGCAGGAGUAACCGCUGCCCACCUGUUUGCACUGCAGCCGCAGCUGCUCAGCAAGUUCUCAGCCUUUGCGGAUGAGGCCAUGCCCACGCGGCAGAAGGGGAUUCACUUCAUUAAUGUGCCGGCGUCGUUUGAAAGCGGUUUCAAUUCGCUGCGUGCCUUCUUUCCUGCGAAGAUUAAGAAUCGGGUUUCUGUCAGCUCCGAUCCGGAGGCGAUCUUUGAGUGCGUUAAACGCGACUAUUUGCCGCAGGAGUACGGAGGCAGCAGAGGUACUAUGCAGGACAUCAUUGGGCAAAUGGAGUCCAAAAUGCUGAGCUACCGGGAAUACUUCGAGCAAUCGCAUCUCUUUGGCAGCAACGAGAAGCUGAGGGAUGAUAACGCCGCCAAUAUAGACUGCCAGAGUUACUUCGGCCUGGAUGGCUCAUUUCGCAUGUUAGAUAUCGAUUGAUAAACUCUAAAUUUGAUUAACUAUAAAUAGCCAAUAAAUUGAUUUGACUUUGA